AUGGCAUCAGGUGGAACAGAAGCUUUCCCAGAUUUGGGUAAACACUGCCAGCAUCUCGAUUGUCACCAGCUCGAUUUCCUUCCCUUCACCUGUGAUGGCUGCAAACAGGUAUUCUGUGUAGAACACAGAUCAUACAAGUCUCAUGAUUGUCCCAAACCCGACCACAACAGCCGAAAAGUGGUCGUUUGCGAAGAAUGUUCCAUGUCAAUGGAGAUCACAAACAACGCUAGAGAAAAUGAAGAGGCAAUCUUAAAGAAGCACCAUACUUCAGGGAAGUGUGACCCUAGCAAGAAGAAGAAACCGAUUUGUCCCGUGAAGCGUUGCAAGGAGAUUUUGACGUUUUCUAACACGAGCACAUGUAAAACUUGCAACAUUAAGGUGUGUCUCAAGCAUCGUUUUUCUGCUGAUCAUGCUUGUAGAAGAGGAGAUUCAGCUUCUUCUUUAACAAGUGGUGAUGGUAAUGGAAGUUGGAAAAAUAGGUUUAUGGCUGCUUUAGCUUCAAGGAAUAAUGGUCAAGAUUGUGGCAAAAAAGCUGGAUCUCGUUCUAGUACUAAUUCUCCUCCUAGUACUCCUUCUGUUAAAGCUUAUUGA